AUGGAAGAAACUGUUAAAGUGACAUCAUAUAAAAUAAGAUUAUAUGUUUAUUUUAUUAUUGUUAUAGCUGCUUUAAUUUUUGGAACAAUAUUAUUUUAUUAUAUUGAAAAAGAUGAUGCAGCUAAGGUUUAUGAAGAUUACAUUAAUCGGUGUUCAGUAACAAAAAAAGAAGUUAUUGAAAAAUUAAAUAAUGAAUUUUUAAAUAAAAAAAGAAUUAUAUUACAUGACAAUAUGAUUAAUGAUAAAAUUAAAGAUGAUUUGUACAAAACUAUUACAUCAUUAUUUAAUAAUAUUGAUACAUGCCAUAGACAAUAUGAAUCAAAAAAAAUAUACAAAUUUGACAUGUCAAAAUCAGCUGUUUUUACAUUUUCAAUAUUAUCACGUAUUGGGUAUGGAACUGUCUAUCCACAUAAUUAUGGUGGACAUAUAUUUUUUUUUAUUUUUGGUAUUAUAACUAUACCAAUUUUUAUUUCUUUUUAUAUUGAACUUUAUGAAAGUAUAAUGAGUAAUAAUCAAAAAAAUCGUGAUAAUGGUGUUUCUAAAAAGUUAUCUCGUAUAAUUAUGGCAAUAGUUAUUCUUAUUGUUGUUGGUUUAAGUAGCAUCCUAAAUCAUAUAUUUGAACUUGCCUUGAUUAAUAAAAAUAUAACAAUUGGUGAUCAUUUCUUAUUUUUUUAUGAUUCUGUAUCAAAAAUUGGUUUAGGAAGUUAUGAACCUGAUAAUUCAAUAAGAUUUUUACUAGUAGAAGUACCAUUAAUAUUUAUUGGUAUAGCAUUUUUUUCACUUUAUGUUAAUACAGUUGAACAAUACAUUCGCCAUGACCUCCCAUAUUAUAUUACUAAAAAAUUUAAAGAAAAUAAACUUUUCAAAGAAAAAUGGCUUAAAUAUAUUGUAAAAGAUGUUGAAAAAAGAAAUUUAUAUUUAUUAUCUGAUUAUAGAAAUACAAAACAAAAUUUUUAA